AGUCACACUUUCCAGUCAGAUCAAAGUCUCCCGUGCGCUCUCGGCUUCUGUGCAGCUUGUGGUUCAGUUGUUCUGAAUCAUGCUGCUCGUGUUUUUGACUAUUUUGUAGUUAUUGAAAUUGGUUUUAUGGAUAACCAGGUACAGAUCACUGAAACAAUUAGUCGUAUAGAUUCAGAAAAGGUAAGAUGAUAAUAACUCAGUGUGUAAUUUUGGCUAGAGCGUCAGGUAAACUGAUUUUCAUUCACGAAAACAAAGUUUUUGACUGUUAUUUUUCACUUUAACCUGGCUGAAACUGAGACAUAAAAAGUUAUCAUUGCAAGCUUGUGUAUUGUAGUUCUAAUUUUCAGUUCUUCAGUUUCUCAGUCUUCAUGUGUUAAAGCCGAUUCGAGCUUCAUUUGAAAAACAAAAACACACAAUCGCUUUGUAGUUUUAUUUACCAGUGAGUUACCGUGUUUUGAAAUGAAACUCUUCUGAGUUGAUUGCUAUGAAACAUAAGCUUAAUUAUACUGUUGAGGUUAGCAGCAAGUUGACAACUCUAUUAAUUUUUUUCAUUCUCAGAAUCAGAGAGCGAAAGCUGGUUCGAUGGCUUUUAGAAGUCGAACUUUUCAUGCCAUGUAUUUAGCAGCUGGAAGUUUCGUGUUUGUAUGAGAAAGCAGCCGAGCCGCACAGUCUGAAAUUAUUGAAGUCUUCAACCAAAGAACAACCAUGUAAAAGAAUUACAUAGACAUUUUCUUGAAUGAAAGUCAUUUAUACUGUUUAGUUUCCCGGCACUGAAAACUCCGGGUGUUCGUGACUGCAGUCAUGAAAGUCGAAGUUGUUUCUAAAUCCCGCCCAUGUCUUGUUUUGAGCUCUUGUUUUCUCAGAUAAUAAAAAAAAUUAUUAAACGGGGACUAAAAUUUUAUUUCCUGGUUUUAAUGUUAAUGAUAAUGAUGACGUCUUCAUUUUGGUUUCUUUCAUAACUAUUGUUAUUCUUUUCUUAGUUGUCGCCUGCUCCCACAACUUCUGCCGAACCAGCAGCACGCAAGAAAGCCAGUAAAAACAAAUUCGUCUUGUCGAGCGCUCGCGACCUGCAAACUUCAAACAUCAUGUCACCGUUGGUGCAAACAGAUAACCAUGUGGUGCAAAAGUUUGACGCUAGAAAAAUAUAUAAGAUUUCGAAUGAAGUGAUUUUUUUCGCCCCCUUUUUUGUCUGUUUCUCCCUUUUUACUUUUAAACUUGGCGCGACGGCAAUAUUAUGCUUACGCAAUUGGUUUAUGUACUAGACCGGAAAUAAAAAGCUGACCGGAUGUUAAAUUUUGUGCUCAUGCGCAGUGCGUUUUGCCGCGGUGUUUGCUCAUACGAACACCGCGGCAAAACGUCUACGCAUGCGCCAGGUUGAGCAUUUCCGGUCUCUUUUUCAGUCACACUUUCCAGUCAAAGUCUCCCGCGCGCUCUCGGCUUCAUUCUGUGUGCAGCUUGUGGUUCAGUUGUUCUGCUUUAUGCUGCUCGUGUUUUUGACUAUUUUGUAGUUAUUGAAAUUGCUUUUAUGGAUAACCAGGCACAGAUCACUGAAACAAUUAGUCGAUUAGAUUCAGAAAAGGUAAGAUGAUAAUAACUCUUACUCAGUGUGUAAUUUUGGCUAGAGCGUCAGGUAAACUGAUUUUCAUUCACGAAAAUAAAGUUUUUGACUGUUAUUUUUCACUUAACCUGGCUAAAACUAAGACAUAAAAUUAAAACGUUAUCAUUGCAAGCUUGUGUAUUGUAGUUCUAAUUUUCAGUUCUUCAGUUUCUCAGUCUACAUGUGUUAAAGCCGAUUCAAACUUUAUUUGGAAAACGACAACACACAAUCGCUUUGUAGUUUUGUUUACCAGUGGGUUUUACCGUGUUUUAAAACGAAACUCUUCUGGGUUGAUUGCCUUUAAACAUAAGCUUAAUUAUACUGUUGACCCGGUUGGCAGCAAGUUGACAACUCUAUUUAUUUAUUUUUCCAUUCUCAGAAUCAGAGAGCGAAAGCUGGUUCAGUGGCUUUUAGAAGUCGAACCGUUUCAUGCCAUGUAUUUAGCAGCUAGAAGUUUCGUGUUUGCAUGAGAUGCAGCCGAGCCGCACAGUCUGA